AUAACAUUUCUCACAAUCCAAUCAACAGUCCGCGCUUACAGCUCGACGAUGAUGAGAAGGCUCUGUGUCGUUUGGUUUCUAGUCAUUUUUCUUUGUCAGGCUUUUGGCACUAGGAAACUCGUGCAGAGAUGGAAUGUUAACGACACAUCUGAUUGGCAAAAAUUCCAGGCCGAGCUACAAGCUGAGCGAAAGGGUGAUACUGAUCUCGCUGCCAAGUGUGAGCAAAAAGAGAAUACGUACGCAGAGAAAUAUUAUUGCAGAUGUGAUUCGGUAUCUUCGCGUAUCAUGAUUGAUCCGGCGAAAACUUACGAAUUCUCCAUCGACAUUAAUCCACUAGUGGGAGUAAUGAAGAACUACUUUGGCUUCUUUGUUUAUGACAACAAUGGAGACAAAAUAGAGGGUAGCUGGAAUGAACCAUACUUCAAGAAUUCUUAUGACAAUCAUUUAUUUACAUAUUUUGAAACUUGGACUGCAUACAUUCUUCCUCAUCACAUUCCAGACACUGACAGUGACGGCCAACCUGAUUCUCAGAACCACAGGACUAAUGGAAGAGAAUGGAUUUGGCCAACUAAUGCUAGCUAUGCUGCUUUACGAUUUGGAUCGUGUUAUAACGGCACUGGACGUCUUGUGCGAGAACGCAGACAUGAGAUAAAGGCAGGAAAGACGUGGUUUCGUCGUCCCAGUGUUCGAGAAAUUGAACAGCCGUUGCGAAUUCUGUUUUCUGAUCCACUUUAUACAAAUAUAAGGAUGUUUAAAAUAACGGAUUCUCAAGACUGGUCAACUAUGCCAGAGUACAGUGGGAUGGCAUUUGUAAACGGUAAACACGCUUCCAUAGCAAAAGUCAUAAAGAAGAAAGGUAAAGGUUGUCCGAGGAGCAGUACACGUCGAUUUCCGAUUGAUCCCAACAAUACAUAUGAAUUCAGUGUCUGGUUGCUGAGUACAUCCAGAUAUCUACACAACUUCCUUGGCUUUCGAGUCUAUGACGCGGCAUUCAAUAUUCUUAAGCUUGAUGUCAAAGGCACAGACAUACCAUACUUCAAAAGAACUGAAAAUGAUACAGAAACGUGGACACGAUGGAAUGGAUUUGUAGUUCCAGCCACAACUGAUCCUAACGACAUUCCCAAAUAUUACAGCAACGGAGUAAGCUGGCAAUGGCCACUUAAUUCUAAGUAUGCCCAGCUGAGGUUCGGCACUUGCUAUGGCCAUGGAGACAACGCAGGAAAGACUUACUUUGCUUACCCUCAGGUCGUAGACUUUGAUCUACAGCCAUAGACAAGAGCAGUCAGACGUCCAUCAUGUUUUUCGGUUUUCUCUCGAGUAGCAGUAAACCUUUCGUUCGUGUUUGUAGUCUGUGCAAUCAUGAAACAGUAAAAGCUGGCACGCAUAGCGUUUUGUAGCACGUGCCAAGACUUUGGUAUUGUUAGUUGUCAGUUUUUGACGACAGCACAAGCAGUUGUAGCAUUAAAAAUGUACGCAUUGCUUGUGUCUGUAUUUUGUAACUUGUCUCAUUCUAUCGCUUGAGGAAGUACGCUAGUGUGAUAUCUUCUCUAUAUUAGAUAGAACUACUGG